GACUUACACAGUACACAACUCCAACAGGGCUACUUACCGAUGUAACUAGUCAAAAAUCUCUAUACUCGCUUGAGCUAUGUUCUGCAAAAACUGUGUGGCAUCCCGAGACUCGCCAAACAUCUCCAACACUGUCAACACUGUUUAAUUUCGCAGCGUGUUGCUAAAGAUGGUCUGAUGCAAUAUCGCGUCUUCCAAACUAAGCCACUUCCAGCUGCUGCAGGUCCACUUCAAAAGAGAAUGCGUUCAAAACUCCCUUGAAAAAGUCGGUCUGCCAACAACAAGAGACGACUCUGACGUCGGGAAGCUGUUGCUGGCACAACUCACUCUUAUCCGUGCCUCACCCUGCUCCAUCGACGAACCACAUCAGACACCACCUGUAUGACGCGUCGCAAUGUUUGAGCGUCGCGCCGCAGAUCGCUACCGCCUGCGAAUGCACCGUGCCCGCACGGUGGCACUCACCUCCGACGAGAUCGUGGAAGUCCGCGCCGCCCAGCGCACCUUCGAAGGCGCCUACGUCCGCACCGCCCUCUCGCAGUUCUCCUUCGCCCUCGUCGUGCUAAAGAUCUUCACCAGCGAGUUCUACAGCACGGGCGCGUUGUUCGCCAUUUACGGCACCGGCGUGCUCAUGAUCGGCCUCUACCGCCGUCAGCAGGGCAACAAGCAGUUCUUUUCGGAGCUCGGGGAGGAUGGGAUCAAUCGGCACAAAUUUCGGACCAGCGGGAAUGCGGUACUGAUCCUCACGGCCUUGAGUAUCGGGGCGUAUGCUACACUGAUCGGGCUUACAUUGAGGUUGAAAUAAUAGCGGGACUCUCGGUCGGCCGACGCAGAUCUCCGGCAGUGCUGUAUCGACGAGGGCGGUACGAGAGUAGUAGAGGGCAUAUGCCCAGGGCUAGAUGCGAGAGCAUUCUCAGGGGCCUUCGCGAGUGCUCUUGGGUGACCAGCGCUGCGGACUGGUGACCAGGGCGUGAAGAUGACCACUCAAUUGCUGCGACAGGUAGAACGUAAGGGCUUGGCAAAUCAGAUGGUGGAAGACGGAAAUCGGGUAUCACUGUUACCACUGGCAUGUGGUGAAGAGAGCACGAGACAACCUACUCGAAGCGUGUCGUUCUGGGGAGAUCCUCGAUGGGGAUCGCUAGCCUCGAAACGUCACACGACUGUGCACAGCCUAUGUGGGCUUCUGAUUUGAGGCAGUCCAUUCGUCACGCCAACGCAUUCCGCAUCCCUCCUUCCCAUAGCACGUCAAUGACACAAAUCCCUCGAAUAGGGGGGGGGGGGGGGG